AAAAAAAACAUAAAAUUAAUAGGAAAGGCAACACGGUAAUAGGUCAAAUUAAAGAGUCAACUCGUUCAUAUCGUCUCCCCAGCCACAAAUUUCCUUUUAUUUCCCCUCAUUUCUCUUUACCUCUCUCCGUGAAAAAGCGAGACGUUUUUCUGUUUAUAAAAAAACUCCUAUUUUUGAAGAGGAAGAACAACGACAGCAUGGAUUCCUUUGAAUCAAACGAAAAUCACCAAAUCGCCGGCAACAUCAACUCCCACUCAAACACCAACGAUCACGGCUGGCAAAAAGUCACUUACGCCAAGCGCCAGCGAAAGCAGAAACCCGCUGCUCAUUCCGCCGCCAAUAAUUCCAAUGACAACAACGAACCAAACAAUGUCUUCCGAUCUCUCGAGCUUCAGUCUGAAGACCGCCGCCUUAAAAUUAUUGAAUCUCAGAGAGUCGCCGCAAAUGCCGUCGCUGUUGCUGAUACUCGAUCGAGAUCGAAGCACCACCGAUCUGAUGGCGACGAAGGUGAUGAUUAUGAUAGCGAUGAUACUGGAUUUCUCGAGGAGAAUGCCAAGGCCGACGAGAAGAAAGUGAAACAGAAGAAACCUAAGAAACCUAAAGUGACUGUAACUGAAGCCGCCGCUAAAAUUGAUGCCGCCGAUCUUGCUACCUUUCUUUCUGACAUAUCGGGGUCAUAUGAGGGGCAGCAAGAGAUUCAGCUGAUGCGAUUUGCGGAUUACUUUGGGAGGGCGUUUUCGGCAGUGAAUUCGUCGCAGUUUCCUUGGGUUAAGAUGUUCAGGGAGAAUACUGUGGCCAGACUUGCCGAUAUUCCACUGUCUCAUAUUUCUGAAGCUGUUUAUAAAACAUCUGCUGACUGGAUUAACCAACGCUCCAUUGUAGCGCUUGGUUCAUUUGUACUCUGGUCUUUAGACAGCAUUCUUGCAGACUUGGCAAGCCAGCAAGGUGGUUCUAAAGGUUCUAAAAAGGGCGCUCAGCCAGCAUCUUCGAAGUCUCAGGUCGCAAUGUUUGUAGUUCUGGCAUUGGUAUUGCGACGAAAACCUGAUGCUUUGGUUAAUGUACUGCCAACACUCAGGGAAGGUUCAAAGUAUCAAGGACAGGACAAACUUGUGGUUAUUGUAUGGAUGAUAGCUCAGGCCUCUCAUGGUGAUUUGGCAGUAGGGUUGUACUCUUGGGCACAUAACCUUCUGCCUAUAAUGAGUGGCAAAAGUUCUAAUCCACAGUCCAGGGAUAUAAUUUUGCAGCUAGUGGAGAAAAUUUUGUCUGCUCCAAAGGCUAGAUCAAUAUUGGUAAGUGGUGCUGUUAGAAAGGGGGAGCGCUUGAUGCCACCUUCUGCACUUGAAAUACUGUUACGAGCUACCUUCCCUCCAUCUUCAGCUAGAAUAAAGGCUACUGAAAGAUUUGCAGCAAUCUAUCCCUCCCUAAAGGAGGUGGCUCUUGCUGGCGCUUCUGGAAGCAAAGCAAUGAAACAAGUAUCACAGCAGAUACUGAACUUUGCUUUAAAGGCAGCUGGAGAAAGCAUUCCAGAGUUAUCUAAGGAAGCAGCUGGAAUUUCCAUCUGGUGUUUGACUGAAAAUGCUGAUUGUUACAAGCAAUGGGAUAAGGUUUACCAGGAUAAUCUAGAAUCUAGUGUUGCUAUUCUUAAAAGACUUACUGAGGAAUGGAAGGAGCUUUCAGUGAAAAUGACUCCUCUGGAUCCUUUGAGGGAAACCAUCAAGAACUUCAGACAGAAGAACGAGAAAGGAAUGGAAACUGAGGCUGAUGCUGCUCGCCAAGUACUCUUCAGGGAUGCAGACAAGUACAGCAAGCUGCUAUCAGGAAAAUUAUCACAUGGCCAUGGUUGCCUUAAAGGUAUGGCCGUUGCUAUUGUUGCAUUGGCUGCUGGUGCUGCCUUCAUGUCCUCAAACCUGGAAUCCUGGGAAUGGAAGGAACUGCCUGUAUUUAUUAGCUCUCAAUUCUCUCUCUAAGGAGGAUGCUGUAUGAUUAUCAACCAACAUUGGUGCAAAGCAUCGAUUUGUUUUUAGGAUACCAGCUUUCCUCAAUUUUGCACUCUUGAUAAUAGAGAAAGGGAAAAAAUUUCGAUGACAUUUAGGAUCCCUUUCUGGUGGUUCACAUACAGCAUGAGAACUUGGGCCGUUACAGUAUCGAGAAAAGCACAAUGGCUCUAGGGUGGGAGACCUUUUGAAGGGUCUCGUUCCCUUCAAAUAAGUUCAUCAAAACCAGUUUUAUUUGAUAUUUUGACUUUUAGGUUUUGUGAACGAAAUCAUAUUACAUGUUGAGAAUAUUUGAAGUUCUCGAAAAGAA